CGUUGACCAAGAAAAACUUUGUGUUUGAGAGUUUAGAGUUCCAACACCCAUGACGCUGGAGGUCUGGGAAUUAGAAUAACCAACCAUGGUCCAUGCCCAAUCACCUUAGAACUGUACUUUUCAGCUUUAAACCCGUAAAAGUCAGCUAAUAUAGAAUGUCAACUGUACUUUUCAGCUUUAGACCCGAACAAGUAAGCUAAUAUAGCAUGUAAUAGUAAUUUUUUUACAGGAAAAAAAAAAAGGAAAGUCCAUUUCAGUAAUGGCAUCUCCUUCCUUGUAAAUGAAACAAAAAAAAGGAAAGGUGUAAUUAUAUUCCUUAUCAAGAAACUCAGACCCUGACCAAGUCAAACCUAGCAGCCAUCAUCCAUUUUCACAUUCUUGCUUAGGAAGUUUUUCCCUUCAUUUAUCUGACUAUAAGUUCAUACAGAAUCCAAAAGAAAAAAAAAGAAACGGAUCAUAAAAAUGGUACUGCCACUGUUAAAGCUAGGAGCUUUGACCUUAAAAGCUGUGAGUAAACCGGUGGCUAAUAUGCUCAAGCGACAGGCUGGGUAUGCCCCUAAAUUCCGCCAGUUCAUGAUCAGCAUUGCUCAGGCAAACCAUCGAAUCACAACAAAAAUUCAAAGACGCAUUUACGGUCAUGCAACUGAUGUUAAGAUACGCCCCUUGGAUGAGGAGAAAGCUGUUCAGGCUGCUGUAGAUCUUAUUGUGGAACUUUUCGUCUUCACGGUUGCUGGAGCUGCCUUGAUCUUUGAGGUUCAAAGAAGUUCUAGAUCAGAAGCCAAAAGGGAGGAAGCACACAGACAGAAGUUGGAGGCAUUGAAGCAAAGAAAUGAGGACUUAGCAACAGAAAUUGAACUUCUUAGGCAUGAACUUGAAGAACUGGAGCAACUUGCUAAGCGACAGGGACUCAGUGGUAUUUUCAAAUUUGAACAAGCUAAUACGGAGUGGGGAAAUUUGGCAAGAUCAUCUUGAUGGAAACGGGAGACUUGAAAAAUAAGUUUAGGCUUGUUUGUUUUGCAUAAAAAGACUUUCAAAAAAUAAUUUUUAUAUUUUUCAGAUGUUUGUUUAGCAGAAAAUUGAUUGGUAAUGAUUUACUGAUCAAUAGAAAAUAAGUCUAUUUUUUUAGAAACUAUCUUACCCUUUUGAAAUAGGGAAAACA